AUGCUGGUCGGGCAGUCACUGAUGCUGCGGUGUUGUCUCGCCCUGCCCAGGUGUCUUGAGAAACAGCAGAUGCUGCUUCCUGGUGUCCCCAGAGGACCCUGGCUUCCUGCCCUGCCCAUGAUUGUGUUCUUUUUCCGGAUUGCCAGUCUUGGUACUAUGAAUGACACCAGUACCAAAAGGAAUCACCCAUGUCAAACCUUGCUUCCUGCCUUAGUGUGUACUUUAGAUAAUGAAGCCUGCCUUCGCCAAAGGAGCACCAGUGUGCACAAGGAUGGAGACGUUGUGAUUGGGUGUUUCUUGUUUCUUUAUUACUAUAUCUACUAUACUGCAAUCUUUGUUAUAAAGCCUACUAGAGAAUUCUAUUUUGUUCCGCUGACGCCCAGCAACUACCAGAACUACCUGGCUUUCGCUUUUGCCAUAGAACAGAUAAACAGGAAUCCUCGUCUUUUACCCAACAUUUCUCUGGGCUAUGAGUUCCACAAUUUCAUUAACAGUCAUUGGAUGAUGCUAGAAAGUUCCUUCAUUUUGCUCACAGGACAACACAAGAUCCCUAAUUACACAUGUGAGAGAGGAAGCAAGUGUGCAGCAGUACUGACAGAAAUGUCAUGGGAUACCUCGGGUCAGAUUGGACCACUGCUGGACCUCUACAGAUUUCCCCAGGUCACCUUUGGCUCAUUUGAUCCUACACUGACUGACAGUGGGCAAUAUUCUUCUUUGCAUCAGGUGGCCCCAAAGGACACGUAUUUGGCCCUUGGCAUGGUGUCUUUGAUGCUUCAUUUCCACUGGACCUGGGUGGGUCUGCUCAUCGCAGAAGGCCAGAAGGGUCUUCAGUUUCUCUCAGAUAUAAGAGCUGAGAUGGACAGGAACAGAGUCUGUGUAGCCUUUGUGAAAAUGGUCUCAACUGUGGCUGUCUCAUAUUUCUCAUUUACAAAGCAGCAUGAUGUUCUGACUGCCGACCCUGCAUCAGCCAAUGUUGUGGUUAUUUACUAUGAUACUGAUAGUACACAUGAUGUAAAGUACAACAUGGUGCAAGACUCAGUGACGUGUAAAGUCUGGGUGACAAACUCACGAUGGCAUGCUGACCUUUCUGGGAGAGAUUUCAUACUUGACCCCUUCCAUGGGACUCUUGUUUUUUCACAUCACUAUGAACAGAUUUCAGGUUUCAAAAAGUUUGUCCAGGAAGCUACCCCUUUCAAAUAUCCAGAAGACAAUUACCUUUUUGUGUAUUGGUCCAAAAAUUUUGAUUGCUCCUUUUCUGACUGUGCCUUGAAGGACUGUACACCUAAUGCCUCUGUGGCUUGGUUGCCUCCUAAUCGUUUUGACACAGCCAUGAAUGAUAGGAGCUACAAUAUAUACAAUGCUGUGUACGCUGUGGCCCAUGCCCUCCAUGCGAUGCUUUUUGAAGAAGUACAAAGGCCACCAAUGAGAAAUGGACAAGUGAGGAUGUUUCACCCCUGGCAGCUGCAUCGCUUUUUGAAGAACAUCCAAUUUCACAAUCCUGCUGGAGACCAAGUGAACUUGGAUAACAGAAGGAAACUGGACUCAGAGUAUGACAUUCUCAAUUACUGGAAUUUUCCAGGAGGCCUUAGACUGAAGGGUAAAGUGGGAACAUUUUCUUCACAUGCUCCCCGUGGCCAAAAACUGACUUUAUCUGAGGAUAUGAUAGAGUGGGCCACAGGAAGUACAGAGACUCCCCGCUCGGUAUGCAGUGAGAGUUGCAAUCCUGGAUUUAGAAAAAGCCCUCAGGAGGGAAAGGCUGCCUGCUGUUUUGACUGCACCCCUUGUGCAGACAAUGAGAUCGCCAAUGGCACAGAUAUGGAGCAGUGUGUGAAGUGUCCAGAUCACCAAUAUGCCAACACUCAGAGAAACCACUGCCUGAGAAAAGCUGUGACUUUUCUGGCUUAUGGAGAUCCCUUGGGGAAGGCUCUGGUUGGCACCACCUUGGGUCUCACUACCCUAACAGCUGCUGUUCUUGUGCUCUUUGUGGAGCACCGAAACACUCCCAUCGUCAAGGCCAACAACCGGGCUCUCAGUUACACCCUGCUCAUCUCCCUCACCUGCUGUUUCCUCUGCUCCUUGCUCUUCAUUGGCCGGCCCAGCACCACCACCUGCAUCCUGCAGCAGACCACAUUUGCAGUCGUGUUCACUGUGGCUGUUUCCUCUGUCUUGGCCAAAACCAUUACUGUGGUGCUGGCCUUUAAGGUCACCACUCCAGGCAGAAGGAUGAGGCAGUUGCUGACAUCAGGGGCACCAAACUUCAUCAUCCCCAUCUGCUCCUUGAUCCAGCUCACUCUCUGUGGAGUCUGGAUGGGGACAAAUCCACCCUACAUUGACACAGUUGCUCACUCUGAACAUGGCCACAUCCUCAUCGUGUGCAACAAGGGCUCCCUCACUGCCUUCUACUGUGUGCUGGGAUACCUGGGCUCCCUGGCCCUGCUGAGCUUCACCGUGGCUUUCCUGGCCAGGAACCUGCCUAUCUUUAAUAUUUCAAUUUUCCUGACNUUCAGCAUGCUGGUGUUCUGCAGUGUGUGGGUCACCUUCCUCCCCGUGUACCACAGCACCAAGGGGAAGGUCAUGGUGGCCAUGGAGGUCUUCUCCAUCUUGGCCUCCAGUGCGGGGCUGCUGGGCUGCAUCUUUGCCCCCAAGUGCUACAUUAUUUUGUUAAAACCUGAGAGAAAUUGUCUUACUGGGAUCAGGCUUACGACCAGCAACUACCAGAACUACCUGGCCUUCGCUUUUGCCAUAGAAGAGAUCAACAGGAAUCCUCAUCUUUUACCCAACAUUUCUCUGGGCUAUGAGUUCCAUAAUUCCAUUAGCAGUCAUUGGAUGAUGCUAGAAAAUUCCUUCAUUUUGCUCACAGGACAACACGAAAUCCCUAAUUACAUGUGUGGGAGACAAAGCAAGUGUGCAGCAGUUCUGACAGAAAUGUCAUGGGGCACCUCGGGUCAGAUCGGACCACUGCUGCAACUCUACAGAUUUCCCCAGGUUACCUUUGGCUCAUUUGAUCCUACACUGACUGACAGUGGCCAGUAUCCUUCUCUUUAUCAAGUGGCCCCAAAGGACACGUAUUUGGCCCUUGGCAUGGUGUCCUUGAUGCUUCAUUUCCGCUGGACCUGGGUGGGCCUGCUCAUCACAGAAGGCCAGAAGGGUCUUCAGUUCCUCUCAGAUAUAAGAGCUGAGAUGGACAGGAACAGAGUCUGUGUAGCCUUUGUGAAAAUGAUCUCAAGUGUGGCUGUGUCCUAUGUCUCAUUUACAAAGCAGCAUGAUGUCCUGCCUGCCGAUACUGCAUCAGCCAAUGUGGUGGUUAUUUACUAUGAUACUGAUAAUACACAUGAUGUAAACUACAACAUAGUGCAAGACUUAGUGACAUGGAAAGUCUGGGUGACCAACUCACGAUGGCAGGCUGACCUGUCUGGGAGAGAUUUCAUACUUGACCCCUUCCAUGGGACUCUUGUUUUUUCACAUCACCACGAAGAGAUCUCAGGUUUCAAAAAAUUUGUCCAGGAAGCUACCCCUUACAAAUAUCCAAAAGACACUUAUCUUUUUAUGUAUUGGUCCAAGAAUUUAGGUUGCUCCUUCUCUGAGUCUGACUGUGCCUUGAAGAACUGCACACCUAAUGCCUCUGUGGCUUGGUUGCCUCAAAAUCAUUUUGACACAGCCAUGAGUGAUGGGAGCUACAAUAUAUACAAUGCUGUGUACGCUGUGGCCCAUGCCCUCCAUGCGAUGCUUUUGGAGGAAGUACAAAUUCAACUAAGGAGAAAUAGAGCAGUGAUGUUGUUUCGCUACUGGAAGCUGCAUCGCUCUCUGAGGAACAUCCAAUUUCGCAGUCCUGCUGGAGACCAAGUGAACUUGGAUGACAGAAGGAAACUGGAUUCAGAGUAUGACAUUCUCAAUUUUUGGAAUUUUCCAGAAGGCCUUAGACUGAAGGUUAAAACUCCCCGCUCGGUAUGCAGUGAGAGUUGCAAUCCUGGAUUUAGAAAAAGCCCUCAGGAGGGAAAGGCUGCCUGCUGUUUUGAUUGCAUCCCUUGUGCAGACAAUGAGAUCACCAAUGACACAGUUACAGGUCGGCAGGCUCUGAGGCAGAAAGGCAGCACGGAAGGGCAUGUCAGAAGAAAGCUGGUCAGCCACAGCAGCGAGGAAGCAAAGAGAGAAGCGGGAAUCAGGGACAAGGACACAGACUCUCAGGUUAAGUCCCCAGGACCCCACCUCCAGCCAGGCCCCACCCGCUAA